AUGGAGACAGACUAUAACCCGAUGGAGCUAAGCAGCGUGUCUGGGUUUGAAGAGGAUGGUGCACUCAAUGGUGUGGAAGGAAGCCACCAUACUGGCAGCCGCUUGCAGAAGCUGAAGGUGGCCACACUGCCGCUAACCCACCUGUUUUUCUUCUCUCUCACUGCUCCUGGUCAGCUGCCACUUCCAGGCAACACUCCGGCCGCCUCUCUGUCCAGUCUUCUGAAGCUCAGUGUCCCAGGACCACCGUCUGUGGUCGGUUACGCCUUUGACCACGUGGACCAUGACUUACAGACUCCCUACCAUGAAACCGUGUACUCCCUGCUCGACACCCUUAUGCCAUGGCACGUUGGCACACUUGCCACACAGCAGGGCAGCAGUGGUGCUAGUCCGCUGACCCCUAAAGCACUGCAGAGGCUGGGCAGGAUGCGACCCGCCUCCAAAGAGCAACGUCUUCCUAGCUCCCUAGAUCAGCUCGAGCAACGUCUCGCCUGGCAUACUUGCCCCCCUCUUGCCCCGCCCUGCCCUGCCCUGUCCUGUCCGGUGUCCUCGCCGUAA